CACAGCAAGCGUCGCAUCAAGACCGUCAUGUCUUGAUCGGACGAGACCAAGCAAGCAGCUAGACGCAGGAUUCCAAGGCAGCGGCGGACCAGGAACUGCCCCGUAAUGUAAUGCACGCCCCGUCACGAGCAGGCAGUUUUAAGCUUGUAGGGGGAGCGGCGUGUUGGAUGUGCGCUACUAGUGACGUCACGACAUCCAUGGCCGCCCGUCCAACGUGCUGCGAUAUCUAAAGUACAAAACAAGCGCCGUCGCUGGCUUCUCAACGACGUCUUGUCUUCUCUUCAACCAACCCUUUCUCAUCACUUCAAACACAACAAGUACACCACCACCACCACCACCACACAAACACACCCCCAUAAUCCGACAUCAUGAACUUCGGCGGCAACAGCAACAACACCAUGGCCUCGGGCCAGCCCGCCGCGGGCAGCACCGAGAAGGCUGACUUUGGCGACAAGGCCUUUGACUUUGCCUCCAAGAAGGCCGGCCACCCCGUCGACCGCAACGCGGGCGAGAAGAUCACCGACGCUGCCCGCGGUGUCUACGAGAAGGCCACUGGAAAGAAGGUCAACCCCAAGAUUUCCAACUAGAAAUAAUGUCUACUUGUACAAUAGUCGGCAGUCGAGCAACGCGUGGUGCGGUAGCCGCAUGCUUGCUGGCGCUAAUAAAGGAGAAUUUGAAGCAUAACAUCAUAUUCAAUGCAAUCUGCCAAGGGACUCUGAUGGAUCAGGAAUUCUACAAGUGACUAUUGGAACACGUCAAUUUCGUUGAAAAGAUGAAGGCCAUAUCAAGCGCGUUCGAAAUCAGGCUCAUGCCGUGAUAUCCAAAAG